UCACCCUCGCCUCCGACCGCGACGGCGUGCGCACGGUGACGCUCAACAACCCCAGCAAAUACAAUGGGUGGAAUCAGGCCAUGCUCCUCAGCGUCCACACGCAGUUCGUCGACGCCGCGCAGGACGACGCGGUCAAGGCCGUCAUCCUCACGGGCGCGGGGGACUACUACUGCGCCGGCGUCGACCUCGCGUCGUCACUCACGCCCAUGAUGCCCGCGGCCUUGCACGAAAUGAUCUAUCGGUCGAACAAGAAGGUCUUCGACACGUUCCUCGACUUCCCGAAGCCGCUCUGCGUCGCCGUCAACGGGCCGAACAUCGGCGCGGCCGUGACGACGGCGACGCUCGCCGACGGCGUCGUCGCGUCCGAGCGCGCGACGUUCUCGACGCCGUUCGCGCGACUGGGCGUGACGCCCGAGGGCUGCUCGUCGGUGCACUUCGAGUACCUCAUGGGCGCCGAGCACGCGGCGCGCAUGCUCGGCGACGAGGGCUGGGCGCCGACGGGCGCCGAGGCGGCGGCGGCGGGGCUCGUGGAUCGCUGCGUGCCGCACGACGAGCUGCUGGACGCGGCGGACGCGGUCGUCCGGGGCUGGCUCGCGGAUCCCGCCUACGCCAAGGCCCACCGCGGCUUCGCGGACACGGCGGCGCUCAAGGCCGUCAACGAGCGCGAGUCGCGGGACCUCGCGGACGCGUUCCUCUCGACGAAGUUCCUCCGCGCGCAGGCCGACUUCCUCUCGUCCAAGGGCAAGACGCGGCCCGCGCUCGCCUUCAAGGUCCUCAUCGCGACGCGGCCCG